UUUUUUGUGGGGUCUUUACCUGGUUUUGGUAUUAGGGUGAUGCUGGCCACAUAGAAUGAGUUUGGGAGUUUUCCCUCCCCUUCUGUUUCUUGGUAACUCCCUGGUUUUUAAAAUGAAAUCUUAUUCUUAGGAUGGAGCCCCUCCUGUUCUUACUAUACUGUUUAUAUCUUAGCAUUUUUUGUGAUAGGCAGAAAAAAUUAAUCCUGAUGCUUGUCCCAUGUCCCUCCUCUAUCUCACAGGGACACGGCUAAAUUCUGGCUUAUCCCUCAACUCACCAAUUCUGUGUCUCAGUGGCUACUUUAGGAAUGGUAUUUCACUUUUUAUUUUGGUAAUCAGCCCAUUUUCUAGAAAAAGCUCUUGGCUUGUGUUUUUGGCAAAGCUGGCCUUACCAUCCUCUCCCUUCCUCAUCUGCAAAGCCAGGGACAGCACCGUGUGCAGGAUUGACCUAGUUCCUCUGCGGGGCUGGGAUGUGGCCAGAGCCCAGUGCUUAAGCUGGAGCACAUGUGCUCCAGGAGAUCACCCCACCCAAGUCUGGGGCCCCGUGCCCCACACACAUGCCCAGAAAGAGAUCACCUUGCAUCUGGGGCCCGUGCCCCACGUGGCCGCAUGCCCUGCUGCCGUGGAGGUGAGUGCACCCAGCUCUGGGGCCUGAGUAACAUCCAUUACCAGAGGCAGAUUUGGGGACAUACCUCAGGGGCAGUGCACCCUCAAGUACCUUGUCUCUGGUGAAGACCAUGCUCAGAAAUUACAGCGCCCUUUGGGAGGGCACAGCAGCUUAUUCUCCGUGUGUGGAACCACACAUCCCUGAGGUUAAUAGUUGAAACCAGUCAUGCAGAGGGCCUUUUAAAUAAGAAGCCAAAAGUCAUUUCCUGUCCCAUUUCUGCACUGUUAAAAUCUAUUAACGCUUUCUGGACCGUCCUUUCCAAGGCAAAGACGUCCCAAUGGUUUUCUCGGGACCUCUGGAGCCCGACAGUCCAGGCUGGUUGCACAACCAAUUUCAGGCCACCUGAAGUUACCUGUUGUUCAUUGCCCCACUAAAUCCCAGCGUCUGCGGGCUUCAGUCACAGUCUGUGAAUGAGAAAAGUCCUGCCCACUCUGCCAAAUAUCCCUGCACCUCCGUGUAAGUUCUGUCCUCCAAGGUGGGCGAGGCACGUGGGGGCCCUGCCUGCUGCCCCCUUGCUGGGCUGCCUGCUGCAAAAGACCGGUGCCUCUGUGUUGGAUCUUCAGAUGCACAAGGGCAAACGUAAUGACUUGGCUCGGCGGCGUGUGUGUGUGUGCACGGUGACACCCACAGAGAGAGCUCCCCACAAACACCUCGUUAUCUACUGUACAGGGUAAAACAACUUCUAAAGUGAGCUUGCACUCUACCAAUACUGGGGAGGGAGAAUUUUCCUGUACCCUUGAAAGUUCAGCUAGCUGGUCUAACUGAACUGACACGAGGCAGAUUCACAGGAGAAAAAAACAAAUUUGAUCCAGGGAAUCCACACAGACGAGAGAGUCCAAAGACAGGUGGGCAAAAUGAGGCCUGUGGGUCACCCUGAACCCAGGAGAACAGGGGAGGGGUGUGAGACUGCCAAGGAAAAGGGAAGCCAUUCACAGGAGCAUGAAGAGAGCCAAUGUUUGAUGGUCACAUAUCCCCUGGGCCACACACAGCAGCGGGGCGCUCAGAGAAAUGUCACGGGCUUAGCCACACCCCUCGCAGUCUGCCACCGUGGUCACGUGAUAGUGCGGUCACCUAAGGGGGCAGCUCCCUCCCUGGAGUGGGCCCUCCAACCCCAUCCUUCUGAGGCAGCCGCGGAGAGGAAGGGAGGCCCGGGUAUCUUCCUGAGUCUUGGGGCCUUGAUGGUCUUCAGAUCUGAACCGAUCUGCUUGUCAAAGAGGCAUAUCUUGGGGUGGCCUGCGCUAGGGCCCUCCAGGGUCAGCCCACCUACCUGAUGCAGCCACAGACAAGGCCAACGACCUGUGCCCUAGGACCCUGAGGGAGGGAGGGGGGCCCUGAAAAUCACUACCAUGACCUUAGACCUCUUGCCCCCAGAACUCUGGGAGGAUACGUUGCUGUGUCCCUAGGUCGGCGAGUGUACAGUCCUUUGUCAUGGAGCCCCAGGAACCUCUGCCAUCCAUCUACCUGUCAGUCGCCUAUCAAUCAUGUCUCUUAACCACCUUUCUACUGAUCCACUAUCUAUCUUUCCGUCUGUGUGGAUUCAUCCUUUAUCAACGAAUGUGCAUUUGUGUAUGUAUGCAUGUGGUCCUCGGAUUGGAGAGAAUCCAAGAGCUGCGUUUUGACUCAUAAUCGAGAAAUAAUUUCAGAUAAGCAACAAGAGCCAGAAUUUGCAUGUUUCUUUCUCUAUUAUGAAUGCAGAAUCAAAGUCUCUAUCAAUUGUCUUUUGUUUAACAAGAGAAACAAUUUGCAACCAGUUCUCAGCCGAAACUACGAGGCAGGAAAUACGUUUGGUGUCUGUUCUGCAAAGAGUUUUAUAAAGUUCAUGAGAUUCAUGUAUUCGCUCAGGAAGGGAGUAUUGCAUGAUAUAAAUGGAAUCAGAAGUAGGGAUUUCAAAAGGCAGAAAGAUGUGUUAAAAUCCUUACAUAAUUGGAGACUUUAGCAGAAGGAAGUGCGAUCCCUUAGGCAGGAGACGUGUUUCUGGCAGACUAAGGCAGGUCCCGGGCAGGAAGUGCUGAGCAUCUUCCUGUGUGGCAGCCACUGGGGUGGGGGACCUGCCCCCAACAUCCUGCAAGUUGGUAACUUCGCUCAACUCCUGCCGGACAGAAGCAAAGCCACUCUGCCAAAUUCCUCCACCUCCUGGGUGUUGGUGAGCCCUGAAGGCAAGGGAGGAGGGGAUGGUGGUGCAAACAGGGCUUCCCGGCCAAGACCAGGCCCCAUCCAGGAUGGAUGGAUGGAAGCCUGGAUUCAUCAGGGAUAAGUCAUCUCAGACGCGGGUUUCUGUCCAAGGCUCUAUGAGGGCCGGAGGGUCCAGGCAUGCGUGGCCGAGUCCUCUGUCCCCUCACACCCACUGUGCCUUAGCAGCGGUGCUGUGGGCACGGAAGCUGGGGCUGACCCUCAGCAAGACCGGGAGCUGGUGAGCCCCAUGUGUCCCAGGUUCCCAUUUAUUCCUGGGGACUCUUUCUAGAUGCCCGCAGGCUGAGCCUGGCUCCAGUGCCACCCGAGGGACGCUGCGCAGCUCCGCAGCUGGGGUCUGGCUCGGGGAUGAGUGCGGCCUCUGUAGUGUUGGAGCAGAGGGGACAGGAGGAGCUGUGGGCCCCCCACGGGGCUGGGGAAGGGACUGGUCAGCGGCAGGCCACCUGGACUGGCGGCGCCUCCUGGUGCAGGCCCACGACCAAGGCUCCAUCACCUUAUUUUCAUCAAGGAGUAUUUGCUCUUCUUUUCCACAUGUAAUGGUUGUUUUGCGUUUAAGAGAACCUCUGUUCAAGAUGUAACCAACACUCUAAACCUCUUGCUCUGGGAAGACCUGUGGUGACCAUGCGGGGCUGGGCUGAGUCCCUGGCCCCCACCAGGCUCCCCUGGGCCUGGGGCCGGUGUGGGGGGAAGCCUCGGAAGGCUGCGCGGGAGGGAGAGCCCCUGAGGCUGGCAAUGGGGUGGCUUCCCCCUUCUCCUUCACAGCCAUGCCCCUCUCCCCAGGUGGACACCACAAGCCCUCCCUGUCAGCCUGGCAGCCCGUGGUUCCCCUAGGUGGACACGUGACUCUGCAGGGUCAGUCCCCCCUUCCCUUUGCCACAUUCAAGCUAUUCAGAAGAGAGGGGACCCGCGGCCGUGAGCUUCCUGAUAGACCUGUGAGCGCAGCACACGUCCCGGGGCUCUGGACCAGGCUGGUCAGCACACAGCGACUCCCGCAGUCUGACCACAGGCAGGUGUCUGGCCCCACCCAUGACAUCCCUGCAUGCAGAGGGCCCUGCCAGAGCCCGGGGAGCCCAGGAGCGGGGGCAGGACUCCCAGUCAGGAGGCAACCGUGCAGGGAGAUCCCGCCUGGGGAUUUAAAGAGAGGGUGUGUUGUCUGGGGAGUAGAGGGCCUGGGGAAGGAGGGGAGCCAAGCAGGGCAGAGAAGAGUCCUCUGUGAGCGACACCAGCACCCCCUGGGAAGGAGCCGGAGCCUCGGGGAAGAUGGCACCUCAGGAGCUGUCUCCAGGAUCAGUGAGAAGGGGGCCAGGAAAUGCAUCCUGCAGGGCCCACACGCCCACCAUGCAGGGCGACUCCUGUACACCCACCUAGGUGGGCUCACAAACCCUCCACCACUGUCCACCCAGGCCCCCUUGGGUCACCUUGCAAUUGUCACAUUCAUUCUGCACAAGGAGGGGGUCACAUGGCAUUCCGAGCAAUGCACAGAGAUGCCUCCUGGUGGGCACAGCCAGACUCGCUUCUCCAUGGGCCCCCUUACGCCUGCACGGGGGACCUACAGAUGCUACGGCUCCCUCAGCCAUGCCCCCCGGGUGUGGUCAGCCCCCAGUGACCCCCUGGAUGUCAUGGUCACAGGUGAGCGUGGCCGCCCAGCCCCUGUCCUCCUUGUCCCCAGGAGCCUCUGGGGUGAUGUGGUGUUGAGUACAAGGUCACAGUAGGGAUAGAAAGACAGACAGACAGAGGAAGCAACAGGCUCAGGAGGGAGUCAGUCGGGUAGGGAAAUGGAAAAACAGAUAAGACGUUAUGGGCCAAAGAGAAACCAAGUAGACAGAGACAGAGACACACAGAAGGAGGAAAUGACACAGACACGUGUGCAGCAGGAGAGGGGACUCCGGCUCAGGCACCAGGGGGGCUGGGCGUGGGCCCCACUUCCCCGCCUCCGCCCUGAGAACACGGCCACACAGCAGACAUCCUCGGCCAGGCGCCCGGUGAUCCCAAGGGAGAUGGGUCCCUGCCCGCGGAUCCACCUUGUGGUUUGCCGUGAGGGAUGCCCCGGUGCCGGGCUAAGGCCUGGUCAUAAUAAAAGAGGAGGAGGGGAAGGGAUACCCAUGUGGAGAAACAUGACACGUGACUAGAAGGGAAGGGACAAAAAAUCCAAGAUCUCAUAAAGAACUGGGCAUAGUCUCAUGUGGGUUCUGCAACAGUGGAGCCAAGCUUGCCGCUGCUCCUUCCUCUCCUGUCCUUCUGUGGGUCCCUUGGCUUUUGGGAAAGGGUGUCCAUUCUGCCAGAUGCCCCUCCAUCCCACCUGGGCUCAAGCAAGUUCCCUGCAUUUCCCUCCUGGUUCCGCUGGGCCUUGGCCUGCACCUCCAGCAGAGCCAGGAGGACCAGCCCCGAAACGGUCGUUGUGUUGGGCCUCCCCACCCACCCCCGUGUAUUCUUGGAGCACGGGGGCCAGGGGGCCUGGUCAGCGAUGUGCUUGGGAAUCUAGAGUGUGCUCCUUAAGCCCGUGCCCCAGCACCCUCUCUCCUCACUACCUCUCACCUGGUAGGGGAAGCCUGAUAGGAUAAGGUGGGUUCAGCACUGGGUCCUGGAGAGCUCCACUGGGCGGGCACCCAGACCAGACUCUUAUCCAGGGGCCCUUGAGUUUUAUAUACAAGAAGAUGUAUCAACAUGACUAUAUGAUUCACACGUUUCUGCGUAGAAGAUUUUAUAUGUAUAUAUUUUCUUAAAUUGCCCGCAUGCCAUAUAACUACAUGUUUAGUAUGGAAAUCUUAUCUUAGUUGUUGAGCAGGGUGAAAACUGGGUCUUGUUUCAAAAGGAAUUGCAGGCAUUUACAGUUCACUUGAGGUCAAGCACAAAGGCCCUGGGAAAUAAAGAGAAAUCAAGCUGAAGACAAACCUUCAGCUCAAUGGAUCUUGUCCAGGGAGUGGCAAUUUCUCUUCCACCCUUUCACGUUCCUUAAACAAGAAAGAUGCAUGAAUGACAAGAGACAGUUCUUCAUUGAUGUCUCCCAAACCUAGCGGGAGGAUUUCAGUCAUGGCAUAAAAAGCUAAAUAGUCUUAUGUCAGACUCCGUGUCCUGUUAGAAAGGGCAUAAAAUGCUUCUGCACUGGAUGGAGUAUGUUGGUAGGUGAGCCUGAGAAACACGCACAGCCAAAUAGUCCUGAACUUUCUAGGACAAAGGAGCAGCCACUCCACAUCUACUUUCUAGCAAAGCAACUUCUUAUGCAGAGACAUUUUCAAAGCAUCCCCUCGGAGGAAGCACCGCGAGAUAAUGCCUUACCUGUAUUCCAUCUGUCGAUCUUAAACACAAAACUUUUUUUUUUUUUUACCAGCAAAGAUGGGUUUCUCUGGGAAGAGCCCAGAAUCAGUUUGUGACAAACAAGCUACAGAGAAAACCACAGGGUAGCCCCACAAAGGAGAGGAAACUUACUUUACCAAGGAGGAAGUUGUGGGAGGUUGUUUUGAACAAAAUUGCCCUGGAGAAAAGCAGCUCAGGGCGAGGGCCAUGUCUCAUUGUCUGCGUUUCUGGGGUCCUGGAUUCUGUACAGUGGAUGCGAUGCACACCUUUCCUUGUUGAGACCUGGAGCCCAUGAUUCCCUCCUGGCCAGGGUUCUUCUCUUGGGGUCCUUAACUGACAGCUCUUCCUGGGGUGACCUCCAGUGGUGCCAACCAACAGUUCCCCCUGCUGGCCUCCCAACUCCAUUUUAGUGAGGUUUCUCCCCACUUCUACACUGCUGACCAGUCUACAACUUGCAUAACAGUGAAUAGAGGACUUAUUAUCUCCCUAUUACCUAAAAGGAAACAAGUCCCCACUCAGGGGCUCUUGUCUGAAAAUACCAACAUGAAAUAUAAUAUGCAAAAUACCCAAAGACCCAGAUACCAGAGCACAUUCCUUUUCCGCAGGUCCAUACUCUGCUAUCCCCAGGGAGUUUAUUCUCAGACCCCAUAAGUGGCUCCUUGUUUGAAAAUCCUUCGUGGAUCUCCAUUUAGGUCUCAUGACAUGGCCCAAGCUUCCGAGACAGGCCUUCAAGGCUCCUUACGAUGGAGCCCUGCUAACAUCUCCCGCCUAAUUUCCACCGGAAUCUUGCCCCUGCUCGAAUCAUCAAUUAGUUAUUUUCUCCAUUACAAACAUUCACAAAAAUUCUGUUGGCAUAUAAUAGGAAGCAUAUUUUGCUCAUGUAUCUGGGGUGAACUGGUGCUGGGGAUUCUGCUGAACUAUCUGGGGCUCAUCCAGACGUCUGGUAAGUUUGCUCCCAGAUCAUCUAGGCUGCUUUCGAUCUGCAUCGCUAGGGCGACAAGGCUCUGCAUCAUGAAUCCUGGGCCGUUGGGAAGUCUAUUCCUGCAAUAUCGUCAAGGUGACGGAGAUGCACAGGGCAGAAGGAGCGAACACGUGACAUGUCUCCUCGCCUGGGUUCCCAGCUGCCGACUCACCACUUCCCGCUUGUUAUUUGCCAUAUCACGUAACAGGGUUGACUUUAGAGUGGGGAAUUAAGCUUCACCAAGGUGCAAGGGCACUGAAGCCACUCACUUCCAAAGAACGGAGCACAGAAUGGGGAAAGACACUGGCUUCACAGCAGAGAACUCCAGGAGACACCACGUCAGCCUAACUGACUGACAGCAACGUGGAGACCAGCACUCCUAACGGGAGGACAGGAGGGACACCUCACUGUGAUGUUCCUCCCGAAGCUCAUGAACCCAGUCCGGUCGUGUGAAAGCAUCAGAGAAACCCGAACUACAGGACAUUCCACCGACCUGGAUGAGCACUACUGAGACCUCUCAAGGUCACGAAAAACAGUGAAAGGCUAAGACAUUGUGAUCUGAAACAGGAGCACACAAGUCACAACUCAAAAAAAAGAAAUUAGGCGUAUCAUAUCCACACAGAUGACAGCACGGGUAAAGAUAAAGUGAAGGUACCCAGAGAAAAGAAACAGUUUAUCUACGGAGGAAUGAGGGUAAGAACUAUAGCAGACUUACCAGAAAGGGAGAUAACAUGAACGUGCCUAAAGGGAAACAAACUACCCAACGGGAAUCCUAAUUCCAGGGGAUAUACACUUCCUAAGUGGUGAAUUUAUGAGCUAUAACGUAUUUUUGCUCCGCAAGCAUUGUUAAGGACGUUCUUGUCUAAGCAGAGGACCUGGAUGUCAGUCAGGAACUCGGCUCUACAUAAGGAAUAAGGGGCAUGGGAAACGGAACUAGGGAAGGUAAAUAAACUUGAUUUCUAACUUUCUUUCCUAAAACCCAAUUGAUUGGUAUAUGCAAAAAGAGCGACAGUGUAUUGUGUGUUUAGCACAAAGAACAGAAGGGACAAAAUAAGAAUAUACAACAGUUAGGCCCUUAUAGUACAGACGCAGUCAUAUAGCUGAGGCAGAACCUGUGUGAUAAAAAAUGAAUUUUGUGAAGUCUUAGCAAUCGCUGGAGAAGAAAGAAAACAGAAUGUCAAUACUUUCUCUAUAGGGAAUAUAAACUGGAAUCAUAAAAAUGUUCAACUAAAUUAAAGUAGACAACACAGGAUGAAGUAAAUAAAUAGAAUGGGACCCCCAGCAUAAAUGAAAAAGGGAGCAAGAUGGCCGAACUCAUUCCAGCCACAGCAAUUAUCACUUCAAACGUGAAUUGUGUAAUAUACACUGGUUUAAGGGCAGAGAUUGUAGCUUGGAUAAAAAAGGGA